CCCCCAUUCAAGCCCAUGUUCCCCCAGACCCCGGACACUGCCACCCCCUGUUCCUACUUCCUUGUCACCUUCAAUCACAAGGGCCAAGCCCUCCCCCCUCAGCACUCCCGACACCGUAUCGAACAGGAAUCCGCUUUCCACCGAAGUGGUUAGGUUAAAGCUGUCGCACGCAUUUUUCGGCACGCAAAAGUCUGUGCGGCAUUGCUGAUCGAUAUUGCCACCGGUCACACCAAGAGAGAAACAUCCGCCGUCUUGCUUUUUCUGAGGCAACCCCCACUCAAGCCCAUGUUCCCCCAGACCCCCGUUCUGUCAGCCCCUUUGUGCAGCGCACCACAACGGCCCGAGGCUUGAAACACGUUGGAGGUCUAUUCAUCCUACGCCUGCUGCUUGCUGCCUCGAGGCACCAUCACCCCCCCCUGUGUGUGACUUCCAACAGUCAAGAGUAUACCGUUUUUCCUCUUCUUGACAGCAGCAGACGAUGACGGCAGUCGUCACCCCUGUUCGGUGGGUACAAGGUGAGACGUUUUUUGCGGAAGCCCGAAACAUGUGCGAUGUGCGUUUGGCACACGUCGUCGGUGCUAUUUGUUUCGGGGCAUGCAUGCAGUGCAGUGCGCAGGAAUCUUCGGUGCGUACAGCGUUCCAGGUGUUUAAACCUGCCCCUUAGGAGCACCGAACACAUCAUGCAUCAGACAAACGGCGAGGUAUGUGUCGCCUGCCGCCAUCAGCUGGGGCACGUGA